UCAUUCAGUGCGUUUUCUUUAGGUUUCAAGACACAUCAUGGCUUCAGCUUCAGACCCCUGCUCCUUCUCCUCCAUCUCCAAAUGCCUUACGAAGCACCUGAAUCUCACUUACAAUGUUGACUUUGAAAGCCAUGUACUUAAGUCGAAGGUUGCACUAACAAUAGAAGUUUUGGAGGAUAAUUUUUCGUCUCUGACAUUAGACACUAAAGAUCUGAAGAUCUCCAAGGUAACAGCUAAUGGACAGGCAGCCAAGUUUGCUUUGGGACCCAAGCACAGCUACAUGGGGACUCCUCUGGAGAUUACUUUACCCUUUGACCUCUCCAGGGGGCAGCAUGUGAUUGUGGAGGUGACCUACGACACGGCUCCCACUGCCUCCGCUCUGCAGUGGCUCACUCCUGCACAGACCGCUGGGAAGAAACAUCCCUACCUCUUCAGCCAGUGCCAGGCCAACCACUGCAGAAGCAUGGUCCCCUGUCAGGACAGUCCCUCAGUGAAGCACACCUAUUAUGCUCAGGUAUCUGUCCCCAAGGAGCUGGUUGCAGUCAUGAGUGCUGUUCGUGACGGUCAGGUCCCUGACCCCCAGGAUAACAGCAGAGUCAUCUACCGCUUCAGACAACCAGUGCCCAUGCCCUCCUAUCUCAUUGCCAUUGUGGUGGGAGCUCUGGAGAGCAGAGAGAUUGGCCCCAGGUCUCGUGUUUGGUCUGAGAAGGAGUUUGUGGACCAGGCAGCUUUUGAGUUCUCCGAGACUGAGACCAUGUUGAAAACAGCGGAGGAUUUGGCUGGGCCCUAUGUGUGGGGACAUUAUGACAUCCUGGUCCUGCCCCCUUCCUUCCCCUACGGGGGCAUGGAGAACCCCUGUCUCACCUUCGCCACCCCUACCCUGCUGGCUGGAGACAGGUCCUUAUCGAAUGUGAUAGCCCAUGAGAUCUCACACAGCUGGACUGGCAACCUUGUGACCAAUAAGACCUGGGAGCACUUCUGGCUGAACGAGGGGCACACUGUCUACCUGGAGAGGAUGAUUGGCAGGUGUAUGGAGAGUGAGCAGUUUAGGCAGUUCAAAGCCAUCGGGGGCUGGAAGGACCUGCAGGAAGCAGUGAACACGUUUGGAGCCAACAAUCCUCUGACCAACCUGGUGCCCGACCUGAAAGAGGUGGACCCCGAUGAUGCCUUCUCUUCGGUCCCCUACGAGAAAGGCUUUGCUCUCCUCUAUCACCUGGAGGAACUCUUGGGCGGGCCGGAGGUGUUCAUGGCAUUCGUCAAGUCCUACAUCCAGAUGUUCGCCUACAGCAGUGUCACCACAGAGGAGUGGAAGAACUACCUGUUCACUUACUUCAAGGACAAGGUGGACAUUCUGAACAAAGUAGACUGGAACGCUUGGAUGCGCACCCCUGGCAUGCCCCCCUUCAAACCACAGUAUGACACCACCAUGGCUGAUGCCUGCAUUGCUCUCUGCCAGAGAUGGGUCAAGGCCAAAGAGGGAGAUCUGGCUGGUUUCAGUGGUGCAGACCUGAAGAUUCUCUCCUCCCACCAACUCAUUGAGUUCCUGUCUCUUCUCCUGCAGGAAGAGCCCCUCCCCCUGACCCAUGUGAAGAGAAUGCAGGAAGUGUACAACUUAAACACCUACAACAACUCUGAGAUCCGCUUCAGAUGGCUCCGCCUGUGUGUGAAGUCCAGAUGGGAGGAGCAGGUCCCCUUGGCGCUGAAGAUGGCGACGGAUCAGGGGAGGAUGAAGUUCACACGGCCGCUCUUCAGGGACGUGUUCGGCUUUGGCAAGUUCCGGGACGAGGCUGUGCGGGUGUUCCAGGCUCACCGGGCAGCCAUGCACCCGGUAACGGCCGGUCUGGUGGCCAAAGAUCUCAAGCUGGAUGUCGGCAACAGCACCAGCUUCUAAAACGGGAACACAUAGAGGGGAGAAUGCUCUCGUUGGUAAUCUCCCCCGCUCCACUGAAGAAACCAGGAAGCACCUGAUCAUUACCGCUUAAUACUGUAACUGCCUCUUCUUUGCGGGGAGGGGACAUGUGUAAACUGGGAGUGUCUGUGUUUAUAUUAAAGGAUCCAUCUCAGGGCAGAGAUUUUCUUAGAAAAAGACAAAGUUAAACUAAUUAUGAAGGUGCUUCUCUGGUAGUUGGCUGUACAGGCUUUUGUACCCAUCAUGGUGUUUUGGAUGUCAUUAAACAGUGAACAAACAGACUGUUCAAACAUCU